AUGUUGGAUGGAUCUCUCAGGCUCUUGGAUAUUUGUGAUAUGGCAAGAGAUGCCUUGUUGCAAACAAAGGAAUGCACACGUGAACUCCAAUCAACUCUGCGCAGAAGACCAGGCAAUAAAAUGGAGAUCUCUGGGGAGGUUGAGAAAUACUUGGCCUCAAGGAAGGGAGUAAAAAAGGAAAUGAAGGUCUUAAAGGGCAUGAAAAAUAAAUUUAAUUACAAGAAUACUGAAGAUAUUCUCAUUAUUAGCCUGUUAAAAGACCUAGAAGCUGCAACUCUAACUGGCUUUGACUCCCUGUUGACUUAUAUUGCUAAAUCGAAGUUGCAAUCAAAGUCAAGCAGCUGGUCUUUGGUUUCCAAGCUAGUUCACCACAAAAGAGUGGCAUGUGAGUGUGAAGAAACAGAUGCAAAUGAGUUUGAGAUGGUAGAUGAAGCAUUGCAAUCUCUCAUCAGUCACAAGCCAAGCAAAUCUGAUUACUCUUUGGUUAUUGAUAAUGUACAGACCUGGCUCGGGAAGUUGGAAUUGAACAUUCAAGAUCUUGAAGAAGUUUUUGAAUGCCUUUCUCGGAGUAUUGUCAAGACUAGAGUUUCCCUUCUGAACAUCCUCAACCACUAG